AUGACGGUCGUUGUGAUGGUCGUCGCUCUCGUAGUGGGGAGUGGGGAGUGGAGAAUGGGGAGUGGGAAGUUGUUGCUUGGUGUUGCUGGUGUUGCUGGUGUUGCUAGUGUUGGCCCUGGUGUUUGUGUGCUGCGCUACGACGCUGCGACCGGACUGCCAGGCAGGGACACGGUCCAAUUACUCCACAAGCAGCGGUGCGCAGAAGUGGACACUGACUACUGGGCUGUGUGGUACACCAGGCUGUGCUCUACAGAGCAGCAGGAGAUGUUGCGGUUCUGCUGUCGAACGUUUGAGGUCGUUGCCGCGGCUCUGAGAGAGCCUCGAGUGCCGUUACCAUGGAGUCGUGUUGUAGCAAGUGAACGCUGA